AUGGCGUUGGAAGCCACUUCCAUUGUCGUUCUUGCUGUAGCACUGGCUGCCCUUCUGCUAAUUGCAAACUCUCUCAGAAGUAGAAACAAUAGUUGGGCAAAGACAAACAUACCGCAGCCUCCAUCAUGGCCAAUAAUCGGGCAUCUUCCUCUGCUAAGUAGGAGCAAACAGCCCAUUCACAGAUUUAUAUCCUCUCUUUCAGAGCGCUAUGGCCCCAUCAUGUAUCUCCAACUUGGCUUCCGCCCAGUUUUGGUUAUCGCCUCUUCAGAUCUCGCAAAAGAAUGCUUUACAGCCAAUGACAAAGCCUUUGCUUCGCGCCCAUCUAUUUCUGCAGGAAAGCAUAUGGGACAGAAUCGACUCCUUCAGGCAGGUACGCACGUAGGAAAUUUCCGCUCUCAUACGUUCGCUGUUGGAGAGUACACAGCGAGAUUUGAAUCCAGUGAACAUCAAGUCAAGGCUCUCAGAUCUCACAUUUAA